AUGGAUAACAUAGUGCCAGUGUUAUGUGACGACAGAGCUUCAUUCACUUCUGCCGUGGCUGCUCUUUCCUCUUCUCGCACUUUAUACUUCGACUGUGAAGGGGUCAAACUAGGCACCGUAGGCGGUACUCUCUCCCUCAUCACCGUCCGCUCUGCACCCUUCCACAGCAACUCUCGCCAAUCCGAUGGUGAUCGCAAUGGCCAAACCUUCAUCUUCGAUAUAACAUCUCUCACAUUGACACACCAACCCGUCUCCCUGAAACCACUAUUCGCCCUCUUGACCUCACCCAAAGUCCUGAAAGUUGUCUGGGAUGGGCGGAUGGAUUCAAGCGCCUUACAUCACUACUUCAGAGUCGACCUUCGUAAUGUCCUGGACCUCCAGCUCGUCGAUAUCCACUCUCGCGAGCUACGAGGGGAGACCAUUCAAGAACACGUAAAACGAUUCAUUGGAGGUGUAGACCCGCGUACGCUGUCGAACGAGAACCGUGCCAUGCAAACAUAUUCGCUCGUACACCGACUGUCGGGUUUGUCUCAGGCAGUUAAGGAGCAUCAACCGAGCGUAGGAGAACAGUUCAAAAAGAUUCCCGGUAUGUUUCGUAUGCACGGGACCUCCGGGGUGGCACACUGA